UAUUAAAUAUUCAUGAGUUCGCAGUCAAAGGAUUCGUUUGCUGGUUGCUAACAUCACAGGCAACGGUCCUCCCUACAACAGAAGCGAUUUAUUCGUUGAUCCUGUUAUAUAUCAGCUUCUACCUGAGUUAAGUUUCUGUGAUGCAGAAACCAGCUGUGGUGAACACCAGCUUCAAGCCCAUCAUCGUUAACAGAGUGGUGGUCCGAGACAAAGUGUUUCUGCAUAGACUGGGCAAAGUGCUGAAACUUAAGUGGCUACUUGGCAAGGAAGUCCAGAUAAGGAGAUCUCUCGUUGACAGAAUCAUACCGUGUUUUGCUUGCGUAGCUGUGGAAAACAAUGAUUUCUUCUCUCUAAGCGCCCUCCUAGAGAAGAUGGAUGUCAAUUGCGGUACCUAUGAUGAUGUCACACCUCUUCAUACAGCCUGUGAGUUGGGGAACUUAGAUAUGAUUAAGUUCCUGCUAGCAAAGGGAGCAUCUCUUAAGGUGAACCGUUUUGGACACUGCCCAUUUUACAUGGCCAUUAAGAGCAGGUGCUGUCAUGCUGUCAAACUCCUGCACAUGAAAGAAGCCACUGUUAAUCUGCACCCUGUGAGAAUUGCCAUGGAAAUGAUCCAAGCGGUACAGAAAAGAGAUUACCCUCUGCUGCGUGCCUGGGCUCUAUCAGGUGUCGACAUGGACACUAAAGACUAUGAUGGACGUACAGUAAUGCAUGAGGCCGUUUAUCUGAAAGACAAGUCUAUGAUCACCAAACUACUGGAAUAUGGAGCCACGCCACUGGAGAAAGAUGUGUGGGGACAGACAGCCAUGGAUAAUGCUCGAAAUGAGACAGCAAUCAUGGGUCUUUUUGACCCUCUUUUCACGGUGUGUUGCCCCACUAAAGAAGACUAUCUGCUGUAUAAGGCAAAUCAUAGACAGAUAAAAAAGUAGUCUUUUUGUCAGCAUAAUUAUUCUGUAUUUGUUGACUUUCUUUCUCACUCUGCUAUUGUUACGUAUAUAUAUGAGGAUAGUAAAUACGCUGUUAAUAAAUACACUAACAAUACAUUUAUACUACUUGAUGUGUGUCAUGCUGUUAGCUUGGUGCACACAAAAGUCUCUGCUUUGUUGUUGUUUUGUUUUUUACAAUAAAGGAAGGACACAAAUUUA